UACGAUAUGUAUACAUACAUACUGUGAAGUGUAAAAUAAUAUAACCGUUCUGGUUCUAAUUUUAAUAGAUGUAAUGUAACAAAAGCGUUUUGUUAAAAUAAAUAUUAUUAAUGCAUUCCUAGAACGUGAUAAUGAAUAAAUGCACACCCUUUAUCAGACAAUGCUUCGUGACAGCAGCGGUGUGCAGCAACUGCAUCGGCCAGGGCUGCUUGAUUGGUUUCCCCGCAGUCUUGCUGCCUCAACUCUUCCAGCCCGAUUCCGGGAUCAUCAUUACCAAGGACCAGGCAUCCUGGAUAGCCGCAGUAAGUUCUAUAUCUAUGGUCUUCGGUAACUUCAUGAUAUCGCCUGUGAUGGAGCACGCCGGGCGCAAGGUGGGGCAGUAUACCGUCAGCCUGGUCAUGCUCUUAGGCUGGCCCAUCAUGGCCUUGGCCAAGAAUAUAGAGGGACUGCUUAUUGGUAAGGUUCUACAAGGUUUAGCAUUUGGUAUGCUAAUGCCGCUGCGCUCCAUUCUUGUCGGCGAGUACACCAGCCCUUGUCACCGCGGCGGUUUCCUCAGCCUCAUCAGCUUCUCUAAAUCAUUCGGCAUCUUAUUUGUCCACCUCGUGGGCUCUGUCACCAGCUAUAAGACCACAGCAGUCAUCUCAAUGGCCUUUCCUCUCGCCAGCCUCUUAAUGAUGUUAUAUUCUCCAGAAUCACCUAGUUGGCUAGCUAUGCAAGGCAAACAUUCCGAAUGUAAAAAGGCUUUCAUAUGGCUUAGGGGAAUGAACGAAAUACCUGAACUAGAAGGCUUAAUACAAGCUAGUAAGAUAUUAUCAGACAAAAAAGUAAAGCAAAAUAGGAUUCACCGAAUUUGUGCAAUUGUAAAGAAAAAAGAGUUAUAUAAGCCUAUUAUCCUCGUGUUUGCGAUGUUUUUUAUGAUGAACUUCGCAGGUGGCACGCUUAUGGGAGCUUAUGCGGUUACCGUUUUAAAUUUAUUGUUGGGGCCAGGUGUUAAUGCUCAUGUAUGGAUGGUGGCUAUGGAUGCAGUAAGAUUGUUCUUCAGUGUUGUUUCUAUUUACGUGACAAACCGAUUUAAAAGAAGGACACUGACGUUCUUUACCGCGGCGAUCUCCGUCGGAAGCAUGUUAGGUUUGGCGGCGUACGUAUUUAUCAAAACUAAAGAUUUACUUCCUUGGGACUCGCUGUGGGUGCCUGGUGUACUUAUUAGCCUGCAAGCCCUCGCUCUAGGCCUGGGUACGGCUCCACUGCCAUCAGUUGUAGCUGGCGAGGUCUUUCCUUUACAGCACAGAGGUCUCGGAGGAAGCGUAAGCCUAAUAUCAGUGUGUGCAUCGAUAUUUCUGGUACUUAAGACUUUUCCAGCUCUACAGUCCUGUGUGGGCUUACAUGGAGUGUAUUUUGUACACUCCGGAAUUAUGUUAAUGUUUCUGGUGGUGAUUUGGUUCACGCUGCCGGAGACAAGUGGUAAGACGCUUCAGGAAAUAGAGGAGCACUUUAGAGGAGAACGAAUCAGUCACCCAGAAACUGACGCGGAAGCCAAAUCAUUCGAAGGCUUGGUGGAGGUUAAAUAAGUAGAUGUUGGCUAGUGCCGCUUAGUUUAUACAACUGUGAUUUGAAUGACAGGAAGGAAGAAUAUUCUUUAAAUAAACAAAAUAAGCAUACGCACA